AUGGCCGAAAUCUCCGAAGCUCCUGGAACUUCCAACGACGCAUCCGAAGCCGCCGACAAGAAGAACAACAACUCCGAAACAUCGAACUUCGAUCCCAAAACCAUGCGAAAGACCAAACCUGGACUGAAGCGCCUCAUCCUUACCUUCACAGUUCUCUUCUCCUUCCUCUUAGGUCUGCCAUUGUUGCUGAAAACGAUAGAGAUCUACCGAUCACCACUCCCAUUCCGCGACAUCGAUUUACUGUCAACAUCAAUCGAGUCGAAUCCAUUGUUAUUCCCUUGCAAAUUCCACGCAAUUUUCGUAGGCUUCAACCACGCCACCUCAACUUCGUCCACCGCUGAUAAACUAGGGUUUUCAAUUAUUGCUCACAUGCAAAAAUUCAUUGGCGACAAUCAAGAUUGUGGAACUUGUGGUGGCAACAAUUUCACAGUCUCAGUAACAAUAGAUGCCAAUACUAAUUGCAUUCACAGUCAGAAUGGGAAAAUCACUAGAUCAUGGCAGUGUGGAGUACUUGAUAGCUUCAAAUUUGAUGAGAAUUUGGAGAAUAGUGAUGAGGAUUUUGAUGAAUAUCUGGAGUCUGUAUUGGGAGGUCAGGAUAUAAAUAAUGGUGGGAAGGUUUAUAGUGUUGUGGUGGUAAAUUCGGAUGAGGAGAUCAGGGCCGUGGUGGGAAAGUAUCGACACGCAUGGAUUCGAGGGAGGGUUUUGGAGGAAAAUGCCUUAGAGAAGAUAGCGGAGAUUUUUGUGAAGGUUUUUGUGAAUGGUGGGAAAGAGGAAGGGGUGAUUCAUGGGGAGUUUAUGCCAGUGGGGGCUGAUGGGAGGAUUGUGCUUUCUUUCAAUUUGUUAAAUGCUGAUCCGCGUGAUUGGAUUUAUGAUUGGAAUUUUCAAGAGAUAGACGAAAUUCUAUUGGCUCCAGUUAUUGAGGCUUUGGAACCGGUAGCAAAUAUAAGUGUGGAAUCUCAGGUUUUAUACCAUACUCCAAAGUCCUCAUUUUCUUAUUGGGAUGACAAGUGGGAGAGCUAUCUUUUCAGUACCAAAGAUAUGCCUUUCUUUGUGAAUUCAAAUGAGUGGCACUUGGACACUUCCAUUGCAGCGGGUGGGCGGUCAAAAAUUCUCCAGUUUGUGGUUUAUGUACCCUCUGUGAAGGAGUGCCCUCUUCUGUUACAACUUCCUGAUGGAGAAAUUUCCAUGACAAACGGCUUUAUAUCUCCGAUGUGGGGAGGUGUUAUGGUUUGGAACCCCCCAGGCUGUUUGAGGGAUUCAGAAAGUGUAAAUCAUCUCAGGCACAAAAUUUCUCCCAAGGACCUUAACAAGGUUUUUGAAGUUUUUAUGGGGCAGUUGCGGCAACUAUUUGGUCUGAAAUCUGCUAGCCUAUAUGUUGGUGCAUCAGGCACAUACAUCCUUUUAGCCAGCAACAGAGGCUUUACAGAAUGGGAAUUGGAUUUGUUGUCGCGGCAGCACACUUGUUUCAACCUUCUUCAAUCCGGUACAACCCUUGGGUCACUUUCGCGAUUGGUCCAAUCACUUCCAAGGAUGAUUAUCAUGGAUGAGAUAGGAAAACAGGUAAAGUUUUCUCUCAAAGCUGCAAAUUUGGCUCGAAGUAAUGCCUCUGUUGGAAAUUAUGAUGCUUCAUCUGUGUAUUCAAGGCAAGCUAGAUCUUUCGCAGAAGAUGCCUUUUAUCACCCGUCCAUGAUGUCUGUCAGCUACUUCUCUUUUGAGCAUUGCUUUGCUGUCUACUCGGCACUAGGCAUUAAGGCCAAGUUCCUAACAAUUAAUGUAAGAUACAAUCUCCGUGUGUUUAAUGUGGAUUAUUUUCCACACAUGUCACCACUGAUUGGAUGUCCAGUUCUAAACCGGCAUUGUGACCAUGUUUCUUUAGUAGGCACAGCACUUAAGGCGACACAAGUUUGUACUUCUGAUGGCAAUAGUCUCCACUAUCAUUUUAAACAUGCUCAGGCAGUGGAUCUGGUCAUGCACAGCACGACUCCCUUCUUUUUGCCUGUUUCGUUGCACGUCCUCCUAGCAGCUGUUCGAGAAUAUAGGAGAUACCAGAAAGAGAAGUCAAAGUACUUAGCAUGGAAAGCCAAAGAAGGCAAUUUAGCCAAUGUUAGGGAAGCGCCUUCUGCAUGUACGCCUCUGCUGCUGCUACUUGAAAAUCGGCUGUUGUCGCUGCAUCUCUCACAUCCCAGAACUGAUUUUAAGAUAUUACCAUUUCUUAAAGACUGUCAAAGGGAUGCUGCUGCUACAUCAGGAUUAGUGCAUGCUGCCUGUUCCAAGGGAAAAGAAGGCCUUGGUUUUGGUAUAGUGGAUGCUGCUGCUACAUCAGGAUUAGUGCAUGCUGCCUGUUCCAAGGGAAAAGAAGGCCUUGGUUUUGGUAUAGUGUAG